AUGACUUCUUAUAAAGACUUGUUCAAGCUUACAGACGAUCCCUUGAUACCGCCUAAUGACACUCUUAAUGAAGCAGUGUACAAGAAUUCAAAGAUUGACUACAUAUUCCGAGGCACUACGUCAUCCAAUCUUGAUGAAGAUGUAGACAUGAAAGUAAACUCGAUAAUACCAGCAAUUCCAGAUAAUUCGUCCAAAGAGACAUUUAAAGCUUCCCAAGGCUCAUCUCUUGUCAAAUAUGACCAAGACAAACACGAAACCCCACGUCCAUCUGAAAACUCUAAAUGGAAAUUACUUCGAGUGAUAGCUGGAGCACAUCAGGGCUGGAUAAGGAGUGUUAUACCAGAUCCAGUUACUAAUGAAUGGUUUGUGACAGGCUCAUCUGACUCAACCAUAAAAGUGUGGGACUUGGCUAGUCUGAAACUAAAAGCCACCAUAACAGGACAUAUAAUGGGUGUAAGAGCAUUGGCGGUGUCAUCUCGAUAUCCUUACCUUUUCUCUGGUUCCGAGGAUAAAACAGUCAGAUGUUGGGAUUUAGAAAGAACAAAUCAUCCUUCAGGGUGCCAAAUCAGGAAUUAUCAUGGCCAUGUCGGUGGAAUUUACGCAAUGGCUUUACAUCCAGAGUUAGACUUACUUUUCACUGGAGGGCGUGAUCAAGUAAUUAGAGUAUGGGAUAUACGAUCAAGAACUCAAGUUAUGGUCUUAACCGGGCAUAGCAGUGAUAUAAGCAGUAUCGUCAGUCAAGGAGGGGAUCCUCAAAUAGUUUCUAGCUCGAUGGAUUCAACAAUUAGGUUAUGGGAUAUACGAAAACAAUCAACAGCAUUAGCAUUGACCCAUCAUUCCAAAAGUAUAAGGCUGAUGGUUUUGCACCCUGAAGAGAUGACUUUUUGUUCAGGAGACUCUUCUGGUAGUAUAAAAGAAUGGCUCUUACCAGGCGGUGAGCUUCUUAACGACUACGGUUCUAAAACUUCUGAAAGUAAUAUAAUCAAUUCAUUGGCUAUUGAGCCAACAACAAACACACUUUUCUCGGGAUAUGAUGAUGGUAAGAUGGAAUUUUAUGACUAUGUCAGUGGUAAGCUACUUCAGUCAGAUCACUCCACUCCUGUACCAGGAGCCGACAACUCUGCCAUAUACGCCUCUACCUUUGACAUGUCUGGUCUUAGAUUGAUAUGCGGUGAAGGCGAUAAAAGUGUUAAAAUUUGGGGUCAGGACCUAUAA